GUGAGUUACACGUCACUCUCGUACCAGCAUCUGCAAAUUCACUGGUACGGAAAAUAAAGAACGUAACGAUGGACUCAACAUUGUAUUAUGGUACCAGCAUAGAUGCAGUAGAUAGAAAUGUUGCAGGAAUAUGGAGGCAGGGGUUACUCAACACCACGCCAUACUACGGACAGGUAGGAAGCAAUUUUAAUGACUGGCGAAAACCUGUUUCGAAAUUUGCUCUAAAAGAAGACGACCUUGCUCAACGCCUUCGAAAAAACGUAUACAUAGGAGAAUACGAUAUAUCGGACGAACUUUGGCAGAAAUCCUGCGGUGUUGUAGAUGAAAUAACGCGAUUCUUUCAUGUCACACUGAAGAAAGUAGCUUCAAGGUAUUAUCCUGGCCUCAGUUUUGGAGAUUUUGUGAAGCAGGGUAGUUCUCGGGAGGGUUUGAAAAUUCGACACCCCGACGAGUUUGAUAUGAUUCUUCCAUUCACCAUUGAAGGAGUUAACAUACACGCUGUUCCAGCUCUCGAUAAAAACGGACAGCUAAUUCCGGCACACAUGAAACUACAGAUUUCAGAUUAUGCACAGAUUCAGAAUGUCAUUUAUGGCAGCCAGUAUCAAUCGCUGAAAAUUAACGGCGUAUUUGAAAAUUGUGGCACUGAUCUGGUUCUCAACGCAAUGUGCUUCCAGACGCGGGUUAUAUCAUCCAUCAUGGAUACCACCAUAGCAGAGAUACAGAAAGAAAUCGACGCGAAGAACAGGAGUCGAGUUUGUUUUUUUACACUCAGUAAAACAAGCGUGUUUCCGCCAACGUAUAGAUUUAAAAUAACAUUAGAAAGUGUUGCUGGUUUUGAUGAACUCACUCAUGCUCAAACUGUGUUCUCGUCAUGUCAAGCUUCCAGGAGAGUGGUGUAUGGAGAAGCUGCAUCUCCAGUGUGGAACGCUAUGCACAAAGAGAUUGAAUUCGAUAUUGUGCCGGGGCUGCUGCUGCGCAUCGAUUCCGUCCCUAAUUCGGACGGCAUGUUUUUUUAUUACAAAUGAUAGAUACGCCGUCAUGAAGUGGAUCCACAAAGGACGUUACGCGGAUGAUUAUCCUGAGCCGAAUCUGCUUUGGAGGGAGAGCACGUGCGGGUACGAGAAGGAUAUACUCGUUGACCGUAGUGGGGAUGAAAGUGACGUCUACAUCCUGACAGCUUGUAGGAUAUUAAAGGCCUACUUAAACGGCUGGGGUAACUCCUCACAACUAUGUAGUCUUCUUUCGUCAUACCACAUCAAGAACAUCGCGAUCCACUGUAUUCUUCUGAAGCUGCGCGUUUCUGGCGUCAAGGAAGGUUUGGGUUACCUCAUUGCGUUCCUGGAGAUAGGUCUUGAAAUGGAGUUCUUGCCACAUUAUUUCUACGGAAAUCCUAACAUUUCCAAAAUGUUUCCAGAAUUAUCAGAAAACGCUAACCAGAGACGUCUCAACCUGUUCAGAAAAAUCCCUCAUGACCAUUUUGCACAGGCCAUACUUUCACUGAGACGGAUGAAAGCCGUUUUACACGAUUUGUUUACCGAAAGUAGUCACCUUGGUAACCACCGGAUAAUCGACUCCUUCAGAAACCUUUGCUCUGAAACCACAAGUGGCAGUCGGGUGCUGGUGUGAGUCCUUGCUCGUGCAGACAUUGAUUAGUAGUCAUGCUCAUCAUAUAGGGAAAGAAUUCUUUUGGACAAGGACAUUUGCAUGAGCAUGAACAACUGAUGAUGUUGAUUCAUAUUGAACAAUUUUGAACAAGGGAACGAAAACUGAAACCCGCAAUUUUCUCGUGCCUUCAUUUGAUGUCUGAUUUUUAAAAAUAUGUAUCAUCAAAUUGUGUUAAGGUUUCCUUAAGCUGAAGUGAUACACAUUCUCGAAUCAGUAUCACACUGUAUACAUCCUCACGGGGUGUACUAGUUGUAUCAUCAUCUUAGCAGGUGAUAUAUAACUGUUUCUGUUGAUAUGUUCAUUGUAUAUUGUAGUAUUACAUUACGAGUAAGUAGCAUAGUGAAAUAUGCUAUGGACAAAUUGCCAUCAAGGAUUCAAAUGAAGUUCGAUGUUAUAGAUUAUAAUCAUAAAUGUGUCUUGUAGUUUUGUUGAACUACCCGAGUUUCCGAUGUGAGGACAUACAGUUACGUGGAUGUGACCUAUAUUUACGUGGUGGGUGUCAUGUCAUGAUACAUUGUGACGUCACAAUACAACCUACCAAAAUUGACGCCAAAAUAAACAAGCCACUUUGAAGUCGUCAUUUGAGGAACAACAAAGGACAACAAAAAAAAACAGAUACAUGUACAUAGUUGAUGCAUGAUUAUAGCAACAGACAAACAUUUUCUUUGUUUUUCAUACAACGAUCUGUGUUGUUAGAACAAUUUAACCAGAUCUUAAUAUGUUGAUUAACAUUGAUUCGUUUGACUCUCUUUAUACAAUUUCUUCUGUAGCUUGAUAUAGAUAUAUACAUUGCUGAAAGUUGUUUAAUAUUGAUAAUUAAUAUUUGCAUUUCCCAAUUGCAUAAAAAAACCUGUACAUAUUCGGUAUUGGUGGAGAUUCAUUUAUCAUUGUUUACCGAUUUUCUCCUAUCUCUUCGUAAAUGAAAUUAAAUUAUCCAACCUAUCAUGCAUAUACAAAGGAUAAAAAUAUGGGUUCAUAUUUUGAGGCAAAAUCCGAGUUUUGUCGAGGGAUUUAAAACCAAAUUAUGUACACGAAAAUAUGUUAUUUUGCUCCUUAAUGUACAUAAUUUACAUAUAACUGAGUUAUUUUCUUGCAUCGCUCACCGAUUUAUUUGAUAGAGAUGUUUAGGAGCCAUCUUGUGACAAAAUUGCAAUUUCUUUAGUUCUGACCCAAUUUUAAAAUUGUUCAUUCUACUGGGGACAGCGCAUCACGGUUUGGUUCAUACUGAAAGUAUUUUACUUGGGCAAAUCAUUGAUUUACACGGCUUGUUCACCGAAUGUAAUCACCUUGGUAACUGUCAGAGUUUCGGUUUCUUCAGAAACCUCUGCACUCUGUAUGAUGAAGACACAAGUGGCAGAUGCCUGCUGAUGUAACUGAUGCAGACAUUGAUUGGUAGCCAUGCUCAUCAGAUAGGGAAAGAUGGCUUUUGGACAAGGAAGUGUGCAUGAGCAUGAACAACUGAUGAAGUUGAUUCCUAUUGAACAAGGGGACAAAACUAAAAAUUGUAAUGUAUAUUGCUACACGUGACUUAUUACUACAAAUGUAAAUGUAUGUGAUUGUUUAUUGUAGUAUUAUUUCACUAGCAUGGGGGUAUAUUGUAGAAUAAUUAUAACAGUAGAUGGUGUAUUGUUUAAUUCAACUUGCAGAUUAUACAUUGUUGUAUACCUUUACUAGUAGGUGUAACAUUGUCAUAUCGUUUUGCCAGUUGAUGGUACAUUGUAUCUUCUCCCAUCUCUUGGUAUGAAAGACACACGUGCAUCAUGUGGAACAUCACAAUGCAUGGGUGCACUCACUGACCUGUACUUUUAUGACGUCACAAUGAGAUAACGGGAUGUUGCUAUGACGUCACAAUUGAAAGUGCGUCAAAAUAACGUUUGACUGACUGGCAAUCCUGCCGUUUGCAAGUGACAACACCCUCAAGACAAUAUUUUGUGUAAAGGCUUGCCCUGUUUGUCAUUCCACGGAUGUUUUAAUGGUAUACUUAUGGUAUACCGUACUUUUUCUGCUCUUUCAAAAUACAGUUUGUGUAAUCGUUAUUUUGUAACUUUGCCAUAUUUAGUGUUUUCUAUGUACAGUUUUGCCAAACUUUCGGUUAGAACGUGGAAGAAAAAGCGGCAAUUGUUAUGUAUGUAUGAGGGAUAUGGAUAAUCGACCUUUUGGAGCAGAAUUCCGUAUAAGAACCUCAGCAAAUCUUCGGUUCUGACCCAUCUUCUAUACCUUUAGGUAGGAUAUCAAUAUCCCACACACUUAUAUAUGAUAAACUCUGUUAAUCAUUUUACAAUCAAAUGUUAUAUUAUAAACACUAGUAGGUGGUAUGUUAUGGUACCGUUAUACUGGUUGAUGAUAUAUAUUGUAUUAUAACUUUACUAGUAGGGGUAUUGUGAAUAUAGUGUUGCCAAUAUAUGGAGUAUUGUAUGAUUUUACAAAUAAAUAGUGUAUUGUAUAAUUUUAUAAAUAGAAAGUGUAUAGUAGUUUACCUCACUAUCAUGCACAUAAAUAGGAUAGAAAUGCCACAACCAAAGGAACAUGUUUAUGUACAAACAAAUAAUGUACACAAAAAUGUGAUCUAUCGCUCCUAACUGUACAUAACUUACAUAUGAUGUUCUUACAUAGCUUACCGAUUUCUUUGAUAGAGAUGUUUAGUUGCCAUCUUGUGACAAAAUAUCAAUUUCUUUAGUUCUGACCCAAUUUUGGAAUUGGUCAUGCUAUUUGGAACAGCGCAUCACGGAUUUGUUAAUACUGAAAGUAUUUAACUUGGAAAGAUUAUUUAUAUGACCACAAUAAAUGAAGAUCAAUUACUUUAACUGGAAAAUGUAAUUCAGCACAAUAGAUUGAAAUGACGUCAAACUUUGAAAAAUGGACUGUCCGUUCGAAUUUGCCAUACAGAACUAUAUAUACAGCAGAAAGCACGAUCAAAAGUCGGCUAAUUUUUCACGCUAGAUUAUUGUUGUCAUCAGAUCUCGCGGAGUGGCGGCGGUCGCCUCCUGUGUAUGUAGUUGCUUAUAUCGCUUAAUGGAAUCUGAAAAUUCAAAUCAAAUGGAAGCCAACACGGACGGAAUUCAGUUUUUCAUCUUGAAAUGAAAU